CUGCCGGAAGCAGCUCGCUGGGUGCCCCGGGACAGUGUGCGGAGCUUGUGGAACAACCAUGUCAUCAGAAUCCAGCAAAAAACGGAAACCCAAAGUUGUCCGAAGUGAUGGGACUCCAACUGAAGGAAAGAGAACUCGAGCUGACACUGAGCAGGAAGGUAGAUACUACAGCGAGGAGGCUGAGGUAGACCUCCGGGACCCAGGCCGAGAUUACGAGCUGUACAAGUACACAUGCCAGGAACUUCAGAGGCUGAUGGCUGAGAUCCAGGACCUGAAGAGCAGGGGUGGCAAGGAUGCGGCAGUGGAAAUUGAAGAACGGAGAAUCCAGAGCUGUGUGCACUUUAUGACUCUAAAGAAACUUAACCGAUUAGCCCACAUCAGGCUGAAGAAAGGAAGAGAUCAGACCCACGAGGCUAAGCAGAAAGUAGACGCCUAUCACCUGCAGCUACAGAACCUGCUGUAUGAGGUGAUGCACCUGCAGAAGGAGAUCACCAAAUGCCUAGAGUUUAAGUCAAAGCAUGAAGAAAUUGAUCUGGUCAGUUUAGAGGAGUUUUAUAAGGAGGCCCCAUCAGACAUCAGCAAGGCUGAAGUCACAAUGGGAGACCCCCACCAGCAGACCCUGGCACGUCUGGACUGGGAGCUGGAGCAGCGGAAAAGGCUGGCAGAGAAGUACCGAGAGUGUCUGUCCAAUAAGGAGAAGAUCCUGAAGGAGAUUGAGGUGAAGAAGGAGUACCUGAGCAGCCUCCAGCCUCGCCUCAACAGCAUCAUGCAGGCUUCCCUCCCAGUGCAGGAGUACCUGUUCAUGCCUUUUGACCAGGCUCACAAGCAGUACGAGACGGCCAGACACCUGCCACCGCCCCUCUAUGUGCUCUUUGUCCAGGCCACUGCUUAUGGGCAGGCCUGUGCUCAUAUGAAAUCCUCCUCCCAGCCCCCUAGACAGGAUAAGACAUUGUCUGUGGCAAUCGAAGGCAGUGUGGAUGAAGCCAAGGCUCUGUUCAAGCCCCCUGAGGACUCCCAAGAUGACGAGAGCGACUCGGAUGCUGAGGAAGAGCAGACCACGAAGCGACGGCGACCCACACUGGGAGUUCAGCUGGAUGACAAACGCAAGGAGAUGCUGAAGAGGCACCCGCUGUCCGUCAUGCUGGACCUGAAGUGCAAAGACGACAGUGUGCUUCACCUGACUUUCUACUACCUCAUGAACCUCAACGUCAUGACAGUGAAAGCCAAAGUGACGACUGCCAUGGAGCUGAUCACCCCCAUCAGUGCAGGGGAUUUGCUGUCCCCUGACUCAGUCCUCAGUUGUUUGUAUCCUGGAGACCAUGGAAAGAAAACUCCGAAUCCAGCCAAUCAGUAUCAGUUCGAUAAAGUUGGCAUCCUGACUUUGAGAGACUAUGUACUUGACCUAGGUCACCCCUAUUUGUGGGUACAGAAGCUGGGUGGCCUCCACUUCCCCAAAGAGCAGCCCCAGUACACGGUGAUUGCCGACCACUCCCAGAGCGCCAGCCACAUGGAGACCACCAUGACACUGCUGAAGACCAGAGUGCAAUCCCGUCUGGCUCUCCAUAAACAGUUUGCAUCUCUGGAACAUGGCAUUGUGCCAGUUACCAGUGAUUGCCAGUACUUGUUUCCUGCCAAGGUUGUCUCUCGCCUGGUAAAGUGGGUGACCAUGGCCCAUGAGGAUUACAUGGAGCUGCACUUCACCAAGGACGUUGUGGAGGCCGGACUAGCGGGGGACACUAAUCUCUACUACAUGGCACUUGUUGAAAGGGGCACAGCCAAACUCCAGGCCGCCGUGGUGUUAAACCCUGGCUACUCCUCCAUCCCACCCAUUUUCCAGCUCUGUCUGAACUGGAAAGGAGAGAAAACCAACAGCAAUGAUGACAACAUUCGGGCCAUGGAGAGUGAGGUCAAUGUGUGCUACAAGGAGCUGUGUGGCCCCAGGCCCAGCUACCAGCUCUUGACCAACCAGCUGCAGAGGCUGUGUGUGCUGCUUGACGUCUACCUGGAGACCGAGAGCCAUGACGACAGCGUGGAGGGACCCAAAGAAUUUCCUCAGGAGAAGAUGUGUCUGCGACUCUUCAGGGGUCCAAACAGGAUGAAACCAUUUAAAUAUAACCAUCCUCAGGGAUUCUUUAGCCAUCGCUGACCUCCCUCUCAGCCUGUUGUUCCCCCAGGGCUCUGGCCCUUGAUAUUUUCUAAAGAUACUAGCAGAUUAAAGUGUCGCCU